AUAUUUGAAACAAUUAAGAAUAUGAUUGCUACAAAGUUAUGAAUUUGUGAAACGAAUCACAAAUUCACAAUGAGUAGAUUAUAACAACACAAUCUUAAUAAUCCCUAAUUAUUAUCCUAAUCCGUCCAAAAUAUGCAUCUCUCCUAUAACUCAAAACCCCCUUCCAUUUUCCUUUUUAUAAGUGUUUCCUACAUCUCAUUCCCAUAUCUGCAGUGGCUGCGCGUGUCAAACACCACAUCCGGAGUCCACUAACGCAUCGCUCAUCCAAUUCUCCACCGGAAGCACUGUUCGCGACGGCGGCGCGUGCGGAACACUCAGCUGACGCAUUCCUGUACAGGUGUCGAGCAGCGACGCGCAUGAACGGCACGUGUUGCCCAAUCUCCCCUCCCUCCCACUCGAAACGUAAAUCGGAAAAGCAAGGAGCCCUUGGCAUCGAAAUAUUGUUCAAUUGCGAGUAAUUUGCGAGAGAAUUGGAUAAAAUGGCAACCCUUCCUCCGCCGCUGAACUUGAAAGCCGCCCCCUUUGAGGCUACCGGCAGCUCCUCCUCCGCCGCCAACAAAGACCGCAGGAUGCAAUCCGCCGAGCAGUUGGUUCUCGAUCUCUGCAAUCCGGAUCUCCGAGAAAAUGCUCUGCUCGAACUUUCAAAGAAGAGAGAACUUUUUCAAGAUUUGGCUCCAUUGCUGUGGAAUUCCUUCGGCACCAUUGCUGCUCUUCUGCAGGAAAUCGUCUCCAUUUACCCAGUUUUAUCACCGCCGAAUCUGACUCCUGCACAGUCGAAUAGAGUUUGCAAUGCACUUGCUUUACUUCAGUGUGUGGCCUCACAUCCAGACACAAGAAUGUUAUUCCUCAAUGCGCACAUUCCUCUGUACUUGUAUCCUUUCCUUAAUACGACCAGCAAAUCAAGGCCCUUUGAGUAUCUGAGGCUUACAAGUUUAGGCGUGAUAGGUGCUUUGGUCAAGGUUGAUGACACCGAAGUUAUCAGUUUCCUUCUGUCUACGGAGAUCAUUCCCUUGUGCUUGCGCACUAUGGAGAUGGGAAGUGAAUUGUCUAAGACAGUGGCAACUUUCAUUGUGCAAAAGAUUUUGCUUGAUGAUGUAGGCUUAGAGUAUAUAUGCACCACCGCGGAGCGUUUUUUUGCAGUAGGUAGAGUGCUGGGGAACAUGGUUGCUGCACUGGCCGAACAGCCUUCGUCUCGGUUGUUGAAACACAUAAUUAGAUGCUAUCUUCGAUUGUCCGAUAAUCCAAGAGCUUGCGAUGCCCUGAGAAGCUGUCUGCCCGACAUGCUUAGAGACGCGACCUUCAGUAGCUGCCUUCGUGAGGAUCCGACUACAAGGAGGUGGCUGCAGCAAUUGCUUCACAACGUGCAAGGGCCUCGGGUUGCGAUGCAAGCAGGUGGUUUUGAUCAUAUGAUGGUUAAUUAAGCUGCGGCAUAUAAUAUUUCAUAUGUCAUCUCUCUUUCUCUCUCUACAUAUAUAUAUUUACAUAGUUUCUACAUUUAUGACUGAUUUUAGCUUCGGAGUUAACCCCAAAACUAGAAUCUUGAAAACUUAUGAUAGCUUUCAUCAUCAUGGCUUGCAUUAUUAUCUGUGAGUCUGUGACUGACGAUGUAGUUUACUCACAUUUUUUAUCUUUAAAUUAUCUAAUCGUGUUUGGCAA